GUGAAUAACGCUUGACUUUGAAAUUUGUGUAUUUAUUUGAAAAGUUUGCAAGUUCACCAAUUUCAAUUAAAGUUUAUAUUUGUGACAAAACGGGAAAUAAACGAAGAACGUUUCAACUGGAACUAUGGAUAUGAAAAGUGAUACAAAUGAUGGGAUAGGAGUUUCAGAUGAUGUGCAUAGCAUGCAGAAGGUGAAAUUUAAAUUUAAAGAGCGCAAUGGCGGAAUACUACUCAAUAUUCAUCACACAAUAUCGCACAAUGGGCGCGUUAUGAGAAUUCGGUUUAUCCACGUUUGCUUCAGUCAUAAUAAUGAAAAACUUAUUGCGGUUGAUCACAGGGAUAACUUGUUUGUGUUCAACUUGACUACAAGCCAGUAUUGGGUGAUUCGAAAGUGUGUGAACCGUAUCACAGCUAUUGAAUCUAUUCCUGGUACGAGCCAACUUUUACUGGGCAACAAGGAUGGACUUCUUGUAGUUCUUAAUUGUGACACCGGCAAUGAACUAAUGCGCUUAAAAGCUCACAAUGCACGAAUCGAGCGGAUAUCCUUUCCGUCUUGGCACGGAAAACAUCAACAAUAUCCACAUCCACACUCGCAUCCGCAGCAAAAACAGGACGCAAAGUACUCUGCAAAACCGACCAACUCAUCCGGCAUUGAGAAUCAACAGAAAGCUAAAUCGAGCAAAAUCGCCUUACCGAUGUUCCUAGUAACGGCGGUCGGAUGCGCCAAGUUGUUCGAUGUGCGAAAUUUCUUCGAAAUGCAUCAAUUGAAUUACGGGACAGCAGAUUCAAUGAAGCGCAUUGAACAGCUACAGUGGGUUCCAAAGACGGAUCUAUUGCUAGGUUGUGGACUGGACGGAAUGCUCAGGCUCUGGACCACUGAUUUCAGACUAGCCAAAGAGUUGAACCUGAACAAGAUGAGAACCAACUACUUGAAAAAGUUUCAAAUGGGAACUAUUAUGUGCGAUGGAACUAUCUGUGAAAGUCAGGACGAAUCCAAGCGUGAAGUUGAGCGAGUAGUCCAAAGCAUGACUGAUGAUGGACGUACCAAAGGGUAUGUGAAAUCGGCUCAAUUUACCCGUAGCGGAAAGUUUCUCCUGCUUAAUUGUAUGGACAAUUCUUUGAUUAUACUUGCUUGUGAUGCCUGGCAGAUAUGCAAAAUAGUAGCACUUUCUAGUUUGUUCAUUACGCAUUUCGAAAUCGUACACGUAGAACAGCAUCCACACUCUCAGGCCGAGUUUGUGAUGGCAGUUAAAACAGUUGAGAGUGAUUUGUUGCUAAUGAAUUUGGAGGACGGUUGCAAAAGCUUCGUAGUUCACAGUCCGGAAAGCAAAUGCUAUAAAUUCCGACUCUCCAACAACGGCAAAAUGCUGGCCAACGUGCUGAAAAGCGGUGAAAUUUUCCUCCAUAAUUUGGAAUUCCAUUUGUGCGCCGUGAAUGCGAAUAAAUUACAACAUUUGGCAGUAGGGAGACCAACAGGAAAAACACAUCCGCGACCAUCGAAAACAACUACAAGUACCACUACCGCACAACAACGGACGAGAGAACCGGUGGCGAAUAGUAAUUUAGCCACUCCCUCCAUUGUAGCGACUCCGUCAUUGUACACUGUACCAGUCACGGUUGCUUCUUCCGUUUCAACGUCGACCGGACAAAUAGUGUCCGUAUUCCGGAAGGAGAGCAAGCUUAAAAUAGAUAAACGAUUGGAGGAGAUCCACGAUAAGAUAUCGAAAACAUUGGUCAAAAACAGACUGCUUCCUAUUUUGAAAGAGUUUGGCGAAUAUCCGGAGAAGCAUCGUUCCACCAUUUGGCGUACUCUGCUCGAACUGCCACACAAUGCCGAUUGCUUCAAUGCGUUGCUACUGCAGGGACACCAUACUUGUGUGGCGGAUUACGAUCGCAAAUUUUCCGGCUUCGAAGGACGUACGGUUCGGAACAUGAAAAAACUAGUUUCCUGUCUGGCUCACUGGUCAGCGGUUUUUGCUCAGUGCGAUUUUGUGCCAUUUUUCGUGCAUCCCUUCGUUCUACUGUAUCCGAAUGAUUCGCUUACGUGUUUCGAAACCGUUGCCACGGUGUUUCUAAACCAGUGUCAGUUGUGGUUCGAGUUUGCUCCACUGGAACCGUUUAAUUAUUUGGGAAUGAUAGAGAACAUUCUGUGCGAGUAUGAGCCGAAGCUGAUGAAUUUUUAUCGUUCGGGCAAUAUAUCUUCCCGAGUCUAUGCCCUGACGUUGAUGGAAACGGCUUUUGCGGAAAACUUUGAUGCCAAUCAAUGGACUCGUCUGUGGGAUCACAUACUUUCGAACGAAACCUAUUUUAUGUUGUUUUUUAUUGUUGCGUACAACGCUGCCCACAGAACGACUAUCAUGAAUUGCGCCACUGAAAAGGAUGUUGAAGCGUUUUUUCGUGAACCAUCCCUGAUAGACAUCAACAGGCUGUUGAAAAGGACUUACGAUAUAGCGGAACGAUGCGCGGAAGGCAUUCAUCCCGCGUACUACAUGAAAUCGUUCGUAUCACUCAGCGGUAUUACAGAAGAGGCCAAAAGCUCUAAUUUAGACGGGCGCCAUAAACCAUACCAACGUUAUGGACCCAAUCAGCUUCUAAAUCGUGAUGAGAAGCCAGUCAGAAGCACGUACAGCAAAUUCAACAACUUUCCGAAACAGCUGGUCGACAUUAGAGCUGACGAGUUGAACUGUUUGAAAAUGGAACAACGCCGAUUGGAAGACAAAAUAGUCGAAAUGGAAAAAUUGGAGCACAUGCUGAAGGACCGAAUGGUGGAAAACUCCAUUCAAGAGGAACAUGACAAACGGAUGAAGGAGGUUGAGAGGAAGUACGAAGAGGCUCUGACGAGCGAGGAGCAACGGAUCGAGAUGCAGCGGAAGCUACUGUUACUGCACAAGAAACAAUUACGGGAACGAGAGAAUGAAGUCCUGACAGAGUCGAGGAAUGUGUUGCUGCGGAAGAGUGCUGCUGCCCGUGAAUGCGAGCUCGAGACAUUGCUGAAAACGUUGCAGCAGGAGAGACACUGCGAAGAAAUCGAUCUCAUGUUUGCCGAAGAGGACAUGAAAUUGCGGGAGAUGGAACUGCUGGCAAAACGGUACGAUACAAAUGCGAAAUUAGUGGACGAUCGAUCUUUGGACCAACGAUACCAGCAGGCAAUUCAACAGCUGGAACGUCAGAAGCAAAGGCUCUACGAGGAUAUUGAACGGGUAUCGUAUUAUGACUCAACUGGAGCUGUAGCAGCCACCAUUUACAGCAAUGUACGUUCUGACAAAAGUUACAAUUUUCCAGCUGGCUAUUUAAAGGAAGAUAAUGGAAUGCUUAAGGACUACGAGAUGAAAAUAAAACAUUUGGAGGCUCAACUGGAAACAUUAAUUCGUGUUCAGAAGCCAUCAUGA